AUGUCGUCACAGUCGGGGAGGAAUAAACAGGAAUUAGGGCUGGCGUCGCUGUCGGAUCGGCUGAGGAACGCCUUAGCCCGCGACGGAGAAGAUAGCGGCGUGAAUGCCGAUAAACCGGACUUUCGGGAACUCGAUCUGGGCUCGCCCGUGUCGCCGCUCCGGACCCGGACCGGCGGUGGCAUCGCUGCGACCGCCACCACCACGAGCAGCAGCUCCAGCUCGUCGGGAUCGGUCUCUGGCCGAUACUCGGGCGGGUACAACCCGAGUGCACUCAGGAAGUCCGAUUCGAACCCGAACAGCCACUCGGGCGAGCUCUCCGCCGAGAGCUCGCCGCCCGCGAUCCGGAACCCUCGGCCGGGGCACACGCGGUCUGAGUCAUCCGGGUCGUUUAAGCAUCUGUACUCUGGGUCUGGGUCUGGGUCCAGCUCCGUCACGUCCCCGCCCGUAAAUUUGCUCCCCACCGGCAACAUCUGCCCCUCGGGCCGGGUUGUGAAAACCGGCAUGGCCAGCCGGUCCACAAAAACUGAUGUCUUGGGCUCUGGCUCCUCCGUGAACUAUGGCCAUGGCAGCAUAAUGCGAGGUGGGCCUGCAUCCAAACCGAGCCUCGACAGUGGGCCCACGCACUACCCGAGGGGACCUAUGGUUGGCGGGAGAUCAGUGUUUGCCGGAGGCGGUGAUCCGGAGGAGUUAAAGCGGCUGGGAAAUGAUUGUUACAAAAAGGGUAAUUUUGCAGAAGCUCUGAGUCUUUAUGACAAGGCUAUUGCCAUUUUGCCGGGCAAUGCCGCUUAUCAUUUUAACCGUUCGGCAGCCCUAAUGGGGCUGAGGCGUUUGCCGGAGGCCGCCAGAGAAUGUGAAGAAGCCAUUAGAUUGGACCCAGGCUAUGUGAGGGCGCAUCAUAGAUUGGGAUCUCUGCUCCUUAGUUUAGGAUAUGCUGAGAAUGCAAGGAAGCACAUUUGCUUUCCUGGGCUUCCGCUGGACCCUACAGAUAUGCAGAAGCUUCGAUGCAUAGAGAAGCACCUGAGCAAAUGUGCUGAUGCUCGAAAAGUUGGUGACUGGAAAAGCACAUUGAGAGAAGUAGAUGCCGCCAUUGCCUCGGGAGCCGAUGCUUCGCCUCAUCUUUGGACUUGUCGGGCGGAAGCUCUUUUGAAACUCCACCAAAUAGAUGAAGCUUUUUUGGCUCUAUCAAACAUCCCCUCAUCCACUCCGUGUAUGAGCUUCUAUUCCCAGUCGAGGAUAUUUGGUAUGCUUCUAGAAGCGUACGUGUAUGUCGUCAGGGCCCAGGUCGAGUUAGCCUUGGGAAGGUUCGAUAGUGCUCUUUCGGCAAUUGAGAAAGCUAGCGAGAUUGACCACCAUAAUAUUGAAAUCUCGAUUUUGCUUAACAAUGUACGAUUGGUGGGCCGUGCGCGUGCUCGUGGGAAUGAUUUGUUCAAAUCCGAGAGGUUUACUGAGGCCUGCUCGGCUUAUGGGGAGGGCCUCAGGUUAGACCCCACAAACUCUGUUCUGUACUGCAAUCGAGCUGCUUGUUGGUUUAAGCUGGGCCAGUGGGAACGCUCGGUUGAUGACUGUAAUCAAGCCCUUCGCAUUCAGCCAAGUUACACGAAAGCUUUGCUAAGAAGGGCUGCUUCUAACUUCAAGCUCGAAAGAUGGAAUGAAGCUGUGAAAGAUUACGACGUUUUGAGAAGGGAACUCCCGGAUAACAAAGAAGUUGCCGAAUCGCUUUUUCAUGCACAAGUCGCUUUAAAGAAAUCGCGCGGGGAGGAAAUAUUUAACAUGAAAUUCGGCGGUGAAGUAGAGUCUGUCUCGAGCCUCGAGCAGUUUCGGGCCGCGAUUUUUUCACCUGGUGUAUCUGUGGUCCACUUCAAAACGGGCUCGAGUGUAGAGUGCGGACAAAUAUCCCCGUUUUUGGACACCCUUUGCACGCGAUAUCCAUCUAUUAAUUUUCUCAAGGUGGAUAUUGAAGAAAGCACCGCAAUAGCUCAUGCCGAGAAUGUUAGAAUAGUACCGACUUUCAAGAUUUACCGAAAAGGCGUUCGAGUUAGGGAGAUCAUUUGUCCUAGUCCGGAGGUUUUGGAGUCUUCUGUGAAGCAUUACAGCUAUUAG